AUGAUGAUGCCGAAUAUGGGAGGGCCAAAGAAACGUAAGAGAAGACUGCUGGGUACAGUUGCACAGUCUCUAAUGCUGUACUCUGUACCAGCAUGGGCGAAUGCUAUGCAAGUAGCAAAAUACAGAGCGGCUCUGGCAAGAGUGCAGAGAAAGGGAGCAAUAAGAGCAUGCUGUGCAUACUCGACCAUAUCAUUGGAUGCUGUGCAGGUCAUUGCAGGAACCGUUCCUAUUGAGCUACUGGCCAGAGAGAGACUAGAGCUCUACGAAGGCAGUAGGGGCGAAGAAACCAGAAAGGCUGCACGCUUGCGAACCAUGUUAAGAUGGCAAGAAUAG